AUGGGUGACAAAAGUGGCACGGAAGCAGUACCCUCAACAACUAGGACAACAUGUCUUAUCAAGAAACCUGGCCAAGUUGGGAAUGAUAAGAUGAAAGAAAAGAGAAACAGGAGAGAAGGGCACAUAAAUGCUUGCACACAUGCUUUUGUGCUUUGUAAUGAAUGGUCACAUAGAGGGGCUUCUAUUGGAAGCACAUGUAAAAAGAAGAGAAAACCCACAAAUGUUUUUAUCUUCAACAAUGCUCUGGAGAUGGUCCAGAUUUAG